UGUGAUCUUUUGAGUAGGUAAUCGACUGUGAAAGCUUCGAUUCUGUAUUUAGCGAACGAAUAUGCUUUAGUUCGAUACCCCAGUUUUGUGAAAUUGUGAUCGCUGACUUAACCUUCAUGCUUCGAAAUAAAUGUAAGGUGUUAUAAAGUAUAUAAUAUUAUGAGGUGUGGGUGGCUUUUUAAUACAUUGGGUAUUUUUAUUAGGGUUAAAUUAACGCGUUAAUUUGGAAUUAAAUUUACACAGGAGUUCUGUAUUUAAGUAUUGAUGACGUGGUGUUUGUCGGCUGAAUAAUCAUACAAUUGUGGAAGAUAUUUGUUUUCUAAUUUGCUACGUGUAGUACAAUACCGAAUCCUCGCUACAUCUAACAGAAGAGAUAAUUAGACUUUUUGAAAACGUUCUACAUUUAAGUAUCUGCCAUGAACUCAAAAGCUGUGGUGUUGGUUACAUGAAAGCAACACUACUGAUUAUAUUUUUGGGGGCUGAAGCAUCAUCUUUGAUUAGUUAUGUUACAGUUCGUCGUAUCUUAGGAAUGGCGUAUUGUCGUGAAUAUGUGGACGUGCAAUAUAAUGACCAUACAAGUUCAACCUUUGUUGAAUUGACCAUUGUUAAAAUAAAUGACAAACUAUAAGAGCUAAUUUUAAGUUCAUGAAACGCCCUGAAGAUUUUGGAGCUACUAAUGAUAGUAGUUGAAAAAUACUUCGGUAUGUUUUCUCAUAUUUCAUCAAAUAUUUAUUUGGAAGAAAUGAGGUUUUAUGGGAACAAGAGAAAAAUAGAACAUACUGGCUGGAGGCAACCUGAUCCUGGAGACUGACAUCAGCUAUAUGUUUUCUUUUACUGUGCUUUUCCCGAUUGAUAAAUAUUUGAAACUUUUAAGCUUGGGGAUAACAAAUUUGUAGCUUGACUGGCUGCAUGAUUAAAAAGGUGUUAACCUUUUACUGUUAAAAGAACUGUUAAAAAGUGGUUUGCAAUGUUGGCAGAUUAAAAGAAUUCCUGUUGUACUUAAUUGUAUAUGAAAAUGCCUACCUCGUGCUGUUCAAAAGAUGCCAGGCGAUGCGAGUACAAUCUAGUACUUGCCGAUGUCGAAGAGAAUUCAAGAGCUGAGCUUGAAAAAGAAAGUGGUUCAUCAAAAGGCCAGCGGCAGUCUUCACUUUCACCACAUGUUGACUGCAUUAAUAAAGGAGAAGAAGAUGAAAUGGAGCUGUAUGGAUACAGGAAAGAUGCUAUUAGAGUGGCAGUAACAUGGCUGUUUAUAUUACUAACUGUCGGAGCUCUUCGUUUAGUUUUUCAUUGGUGGCCUCAUUUAAUGCUCCUUGCUACUCACAAGAAAUGCAAGCUGCCAGAAGCAGAAAAAGUGCUUGUAGUCGAAAAGUAUCUGAAAUACAGAUUCUAUUACGUGAAGACUGUACAUACACUUAUUGCCGACUAUAGGACACUGGAGAAAAUGUGGGACAAGCAGUUCCCGGAGAACUGGGAUGACCAUGCUCUUGCUGACGUGGAUAGCACAAGUGACAUUUUCCUUUCUGUACAUCAUUCUGGGGGAACCUUCAAAGAAUACAGAUCCAUACGGAUGUUCAAGUGCAAGAAACUCUGCUAUGUAUGGAAUGAAGAGCAUUGUCAGUUCCUGAGACUGGCUGGUUUGGAUAAGGAAGUGACCACCAGUGCUCUUCACCAGCAGACUGGUCUCUCAUUCAAAGAACACUCUUUAAGGCGUCUGGUGUAUGGCAGCAAUGAGAUAAUAAUUCCAGUGCAAGGAAUCAUCACUUUGCUAUUCCUGGAGAUUCUGAAUCCAUUUUAUGUGUUUCAACUGUUUUCAUUUUGCCUAUGGUUUGCAGACAACUACAUGUAUUAUGCACUGGCCAUCUUGGCAAUGUCUGCUUUUGGUAUAAUCAUGGCAAUCCGACAAACAAGAAAGAAUCAAUUCAAGCUACGUAGCACAGUUUGCUCGUCAGAUGUUGCGGUGGUUAUCCGCAAAGACAAAGCAGAAACUAUACCGACUGCACACCUGGUACCAGGAGACGUUGUUAUUAUUCCAGCCCAUGGGUGCAUAAUGCCAUGCGAUGCAGUGUUGCUGGCAGGGACAUGCAUUGUAAAUGAAAGCAUGCUAACAGGGGAAAGUGUUCCGGUGACUAAAACGCCAGUCCCCAACACCCAAGGCACUCUCUACGACAGCAAGGAACACGCGCGACACACGCUGUUCUGCGGCACCCACAUCAUUCAGACUCGGUACUUCGGCAACGAGACGGUCAGGGCGGUGGUCAUCAGGACAGGCUUCUCCACAGCCAAGGGCAGUCUCGUGAGGUCGAUCAUGUACCCACCGCCGGUGGAUUUUAAGUUUGAGCGUGAUUCGUACAGAUUUGUGGAGCUUCUGGCGGGCAUAGCAAGCAUCGGAUUUGUGUACACGGUCAUAACUAAGUUUAUGCGAGGCAUCAGCUGGUCUGAUAUUGCCCUUGAUUCCCUGGACCUUAUAACCAUUGUGGUCCCGCCAGCGCUGCCUGCAGCCAUGACAGUAGGCAGGUUUUAUGCCCAGAGCCGUCUCGAGAAGAAAGGAGUUUAUUGCAUCAGCCCUCGAGCCAUCAAUGUCUCAGGAUCAGUGGAUUGUGUUUGCUUCGACAAGACAGGAACACUGACUGAGGAUGGUCUUGACAUGUGGGGUCUUAUUCCAGUCGAAGAGAAAAAAUUCCAAGUGCCAGUGAAGUUUAUUGAUCAAAUGGCAUAUGAUCAUUUUAUAUUUGGCAUGGUUUCAUGCCAUUCUAUUACAAUAAUUGAUGGUAAACUUAAUGGGGAUCCACUAGACCUGAAGAUGUUUGAAUCUACGGGUUGGGAGCUUGAAGAACCAGAAGUAAGUGAUGACACCAAAUAUGACAUGUUAUUCCCAACUGUGCUCAGGCCACCUAAAAAUGACAUGAAGUCUCUUUCAUGUGAUGACCUUGAAAAUGUUGCUGACCUGGGAAAGCCACCUUUGGAAGUGGGAAUUGUGCGCCAGUUCCCUUUCUCUUCAAGUCUGCAGAGAAUGAGUGUGAUAGCCCGCAUUCUCGGCAAGAGCAGUUACUACAUUUACUGCAAGGGCUCUCCAGAAAUGAUCAUUUCUCUCUCAGAUCCACAAACAGUCCCCAGUGACUUCACCACAGUGUUGGAAGAGUACACUCAAGAAGGCUACAGAGUUCUGGCACUGGCGUAUCGAGAAUUACCAAAGAUAAGCUAUGCCAAACUGCAACGUAUAACUCGAGAAGAAGUGGAAACAGAUCUCAAGUUUGUUGGUCUGAUUAUUAUGGAGAACAGGUUGAAAAUUGGAACAGCUUCUGUAUUAACUAUGCUGAGAGAUGCUAAUAUUCGUUGCAUCAUGGUUACUGGAGACAAUAUGCUGACAGCAUUGAGCGUGGCGCGAGAUUGUGGCAUUAUCCCAUGCAACCAGCAAGUGAUUGUAGCCUCUUCGUAUUCCACACACAAUGGCCAGAGUGCUCAUCUUCACUUCAUGCAUAUCAACAACAGGACUCAGUCUCCAGACAUGAAUACGGUCAACUCUAGCGUCACAAAAUGCACCAGCUUGGGUAGUCUGGAAAGUAUUGAGUCAGGGUCAGUGAACAUCUCCCACUUUGGUGCUCUCGAUGAGGAUCCAAACCAUCCGGUCUUGGGAAAACCAGUCACUGAUUACAGCUUUGUCAUGACUGGGAAAACUUGGAGCUCGUUGAAGACUUGCAGCUCGGAAGUGACCCAGAGACUGGUCACUAGGUGUGCUGUGUUUGCUCGUAUGAGUCCCGAUCAGAAACAACAGCUUGUGCAAGAAUUGCAACAGCUGGGCUACUAUGUGGCGAUGUGUGGAGAUGGUGCUAAUGACUGUGGGGCCCUGAAAGCAGCUCAUGCAGGGAUAUCACUCUCUGAGGCAGAGUCGUCUGUGGCUUCGCCGUUCACGUCCAAGAAUGCAGACAUAUCAUGUGUGCCGCACGUCAUACGUGAGGGAAGAGCUGCGUUGGUCACGUCCUUCGGCAUUUUUAAAUACAUGGCCGCUUACAGUUUGACACAGUUUGUGACGGUUAUGAUUUUAUACUCCAUUGAAAGUAACCUCACAGACAUUGAAUUUCUGUACAUAGAUCUAUUCUUAAUCACGGUUUUUGCAUUUUUCUUUGGACGUAUUGAAGCAUACGAUGGUCCUCUUGCAAAGAGCCCCCCUAUACUCUCUUUGAUUUCUUUUUCACCAAUUCUAUCCCUGAUGUCUCAGGUAGGAUUUGUGAUUUUUUUCCAGUGCAUUUCAUUUUAUGCAGUGCAUCAAACGGAAUGGUUUGAGCCUUACAAUGCCACUGCAAAAGGUGAGAAUAAUAGUUUAGCGUGUUAUGAAAACUAUGCUUUGUUUUCUGUUUCAAGUUUGCAAUAUAUUAUUCUAGCUCUAGUAUUUUCUAAAGGUGCUCCAUACCGUAAGUCAGUAUUAAACAGUUGGGGUUAUUGUACAUCUUUAAUUGUCCUUACUGUUUGUACACUGUAUUUGAUCAUUGGUCCAACCCAGUGGCUGGCAGACAAACUUGAUUUAAGAUUACCUCCUGUCAUGAGUUUUCGUUUUGUCAUGGUUGGGAUAGGUUUUGCAAAUUUGGUUUUGUCGUGUUUUUUUGAAUAUUUUAUCGUUGACUACGUUGUCUUCCGUAAACUACGUUUCAUGUUCCACGAUGUUAACAAGUCUAGACGAAAGUACCUGGCCAUCGAGCGAGAUCUUGCCAAGGACAUUUCUUGGCCCCCGAUAAGCUCAACUCCUAUUCACGAGCCAGUUAUCAACACAGCUGUCUCUGUUCCUCGCAGUCCUGCAACAGUAGCCAAAAUUAGUUUUCAACAGAGUGGAAUACACAGGUCUGAUGACAUAAAAGAAGUCACUUUAGAUCCUUCAUCUUUAAUGUCGCCAAAACAAAGUGUUAAUAACACUGCAGGCAAUAGCUGUGUGCUUCGACCCAAUGAAAAAACUGAUGGUGGUGUAUCAUUAUCUUCCAUAGUUUCUACACAUUCUUUACAAACUGUUAAUUCUGUUUUGCAACCAACUGAAAGAACCAUGUGUGAAGUUCAUGAAUCAAAAUCUGGCUUAUAGUAUCAGGUUAACACAGCAUUUUUGUGCUUCUGCUCAAAAUGUUUCAUGGUACUCGUUUGUUGUGUAGCUAUAUUUUUUAAUUCCUGACAGGUCUAUUUUGAAGAUUGUUCAUACAGCAUUGAGUUUCUUCCAUUAAGUAAACCAAAUACGAACAUGAAUAAACUUGGCUUUUAAUUUUUAUCACUAUAAUUUUUGAUCAUUAUGUAUUGUACUGUAAAACAGUAAUCUAGCCAGCAUCCAAAGGCCAAGUUCCUUCAAACAGUUGCAGUUAAAUUCUGCAACUUAAUGUAAAUGCAUUAUGUAAGCAUAAUACAUACAUGUGUGAUAAGCAUAGCCUUUUUGUAUGAGCUUCUUUAAAUUGGUGCUUUUAUUUUAUAUUUUUGCAUUGAUUGCACUUUCAGACAUUUUCUGAACUCAAAUGAGGGCUUGUCAUCAUGAGCAAACCAUUGGACGAAAAACACUGAUUUGAUGUGGCUUGAACUCUAAACUUAAAUUGGUCAGUGCAAAACCCUGUAUUCUUCACUAUACAGUAGGAUUACUAUGUUGAUUUACACUUUAUUUUUAUACAGACACGGAUUUUAAUUGUUCGGUAGAUAGGUCCACCUGAUGAAUUUAUUUCCCAUGAAGGCAUAUGAAUGCACUUGCACCAUGAGUGUGGCAGCUUCUUCAAGCUGACUUGGAACCACUUUUGGGAAAAUUAUUUUUCUCUGCCCGGCCAACUUUUUGCAACUCACAAAGUCCAUGAAAUGGCAUCGUUGCGGGAGUAUUAAAUGGCUCCAAACAGCAGAUGGCCUCCAAAGCCUGCUCUGAUUAAUAUUAUAGCUGUAGCAACACCUGUUUGGCUUGUUAGAAUCUCUGGUGAUUAUCGACCACACUGAAUGUGUGGUGACCCUCUGGAACUUUUUCAUUGCCAGUCAGAAGUGACCAAGGAGGAUGGCGAAUUGUGGCAGUUCCAACAUCACAGUGCAUGCCACUCUACCUGCUGGUGACUAGUCAAUAACAUGGUAACGUGCAGUCUCCCAAUGAGGCUACCAGUAAGGCCAUUGAGAAGCUCUUCAAGACGCAGGUAGAGACUCGCACUUUAGUUUCUGAAGAGCUAGACGAAGCUGCCAGGGCUGUGAUGCGGGUGCAUUUGGUUCCUGGGGGAAUAUUGAGUGUAAAUCAAUAUAGUAUACCUCUCUUAUGUAUGUAUGUAUAAUGUAUGUAUGUAUGUAUGUAUGUAUCUAUCUAUGUAUGUAUCACAAAAUAUAUGUACAAUUAGUCAUAUCCUAACCCCACAUCAUAUAAUACUUAAAAAAUGUAGUCAUUAAUUGAAAGAAUGUUAAAGCCUAAGGCUGGUAUUCCAAUGUUAUCAUACUUUAUUUAUAUGAUUUCAGAGGUAGCUUGAGUUACUUAAAAGUAGGCCUGUGCUAUUUCCUGAUUUUUCCAUUCCGGUUUUGGUCCCUUCAAAGGAAAAAAAAAGUCUGACACCGACUUUUGAAAUUGUUUCGGUUCCAAAGAUUUUUGUACAUUGCUGUUACUUUGUGUGAACGGUAAUGUUAACAAAACGUUUAUCCUGCGAGAAACGUAAACAAACACAUUCUUUUAAUGUCGCCAACGUCUCGCAAUGUAAUAACUCGCGAAAAAAUAGAUGUGUAUAGCAAAAAAAUAUUUAUUAUUGCACAAACACCAAUGAAAUCAACAUGGGGUCUUCAUUUUCUCUCAUGAAUUGGUGGUACUGUUUUUAUUGAUUGGAAUGUUACAAUUUCUGACCGUUAAGUAAAAGGCAAACUACAAAUAAACAAAGCAUGUGAGUGAAACCUGUUGUCACCAAAGCAUGUUAAAACUGUUGACUAUUUAAAACAAGUUACAUUAUCUUACCUAUUUCAUGAUUUGAGGUAAGCGUAAAAAUUCCUUUAAAAAAAAUUUGUAGGCUAGUGCAAAGAAUUUACUCACUCAUCUUUUCUAUGUUAUUGAAUUGUUUUCGGUAACCAAAUAAUGACCCAUCAAACUUCAUUCAUAUUUUAUGUUUAGCACUAAGGAAUUAAACUUUUUUCUUUACAAGAACCGAAACAAGAACCGAGAACUGAGGACCAAGGUUUUUAAUCUAAACUUGUACCAGAACCUAACCGACCAAUAUAAACCAGAAUCGCACGGUCCUACUUGGAAGAGUGUUCUUAAAGAUUCAUGUAGUAAAACUUCCACUCUAACGAAUUACUGGGUUAUAUAUAAAUAUUUAGUUGAUUUAAAUGGGUAUUUAUUUAGUCCUCUAAUGAUUUUACCUUGGACAUGUAAUGUUUUGAUUUAAGGGAAAAAAACUGCUUGUUUUUCAGAAAAUUCCUGAAAGUAAAUUUAAAGGGUGGCAGUGAAUGAUAAAUAAAGUGGUUUUUGUUAAGGAACAAAUAUAAAGAAACACUACCCUUCAAAGUUGUAGAUAUGAAGAGUAGCGUACAAGUUUUAAUUUGGCAUACAUCCAGGGGCCACUUCAGUAUCUGAGUCUCCCAUAUGGCUCUGUUACCAACAGACAGAUUCUGCACUUAUGGCCUGAUUUGUUGUUGAAGCCUGUUGAGCCACAAGAUUCAGGACAUCUUCCUCAAACCGUAGUGUUCAAACAGUUCUGGAAUCUGCGGCAACCCUUCGUGGUGUGAGACUUCCAGUUUCACGCAGUUGCUUUUCAAGACAUAUGAAGGUCUUCGCUAUGGAUACACUUCAAUUGUGCAAGUGCCCUUAAUAAACGAACAUUUCUUCUGCUGCAAUGUCUCUCACCAUUGCCCUCACCACAGCACUGUACCGUACUAAAUUGUCAACAUUGCGCUGUGUGCACAUACCACAACAAUCCAUCCACUGUGUUAUAGACCAUAAUGCUGGUUGCUAGUUCUUUUAACUAACUCUAAAUGUUGGACCUGGUUUGUCACAUUCUUCCUGAGAAGCCUCUGAACAUAAUACAACACUGUGCUGCAAUUUUAUGUCCUCUAUGUCAAAGGAUGGUGGUGCCUAGAUGCACACAAAAUUCAAAUUUGUGCACUACUGUUCAUACCUGUAACUUUGUAUGUUUGCAUUUUCUGACAUUUGUCCUUUAACAUAAACCAUUUGUUUUGGCAUUCUCUGCCACACAUUAAAUUUAUGCCUAGUAGUUACCAAGCAUUCUGUGUAUUGGUAUUGAAUUUGUAAAAGGUUUUUUUUAUUAUUAUUUUCAGGUUAAAUCAUAUGUAGGGAUCAGAGUUAGUAGUUAUUGUUAGUAGUUAUUGUACAGACCAUAACAUGACAAACUUUAUUUAAUGCAUCCUACUUUAUAACUAUAAUUAUGAUAGCUAGGAAAUUCAUAAGUAUGAAAAGUUGUUGGCCCAGUGGACUAGCAUUAGCUUUGUUCAUUUAUGAUUUUACAUUGAGUACAACUAAGGCUCUCUCAAGAUUUGAUGGUUUUCGUUUCGACAACAUAGGUAGAGUUGUAUUCAGACUAGAAUGGCAAUACUUGUGUUGGAUUUGAAGGUUGAGUACAGUAGACUGUGGGUAAAGUGCUGUUGGGGAACAUGGCUUACUCCUACGUUACAAAUUAUUUGAGUUUGGUCUGGGUGCUAACCCAUCCAGUCACAAAACAAUUGCUCAAGCUUUAAUGUAAGUGGCAGUGAGGUACAUAUCCUGGAGUGUAGAAGCAGAGGCAACACACGCACAAGUCUAUCUAACUUCACUUACAGCAGCUGAUGAAUAGGUACUACAUAGCUCCGUGUGACACAUCAAAGUGCAAGUUUGUCAAUCUUGGACCAGCCUGCCCAGAUGGAAAGAUAACAUGGGCAUGAUAGUGGUAGAUGUAGGGAGAGGAUGCCCUCCAUUUAGUCACAUCAACUAAAGCAGUGAGGUGAUGAUUUCAGUAGAGAUGGACUGCGAAUCGAAAACUUGAGCCAAGUUGAGCUAGUAGCUUCAGCUCAACUCUGCUCAAAAUUAGAGUUGAUUGAACUCAACCGAGUGAGCCUUACGGUAUAUUUUCUUAAAACUUAAUCCAAAUUUGACAUGUGCAAUGAACAUUUAAUAAUUAACCACUAUAUAGCAAACACUUUACAGUGCAACCGUUUUUUUUUUGCAUAAUCGUCGCACAUUUUAUACUAAAAUUUAGUUUGUUUAAUGCAAGAAAAAAAAAUGUUUGUUUGGUAGUUAUUCAUAAAAACAAAACCCAUUCAUGGAAUGUACGUUUAUUUAAAAAGUGACAUAUAAAAGAGCACGCCAAACAAUUUAAACUAAUAAGUCUUGUAACAAAAACCUUUCUUCAACUUUAAAUAGAAAAACAAAAUCUGCGAUCCGAAUGCGAGCCUGAACGAACGCAUAACUAUCGUAGUACACACCACGAGUGUGUGCGGGUCAUCAAAUGUAGUUAACUUGGCAGUUCACAGAGAGCGUGCAUUGCAUGCAAUCGGCGAGAUAUCGAUAUUCGACUGUGUGCGCGCUCUAUACGAGAAGCAACAUAACCAAACAUGAAUGAUGCCAACUAGUGCUGGCUACAUUUUUAUAAGCGGUGCACCGCUGCGACGCAAUCGAACAGAUAAAGGUUUGUAACGUUUAAAAAUGUCUUUAAAAGAAAAUUUACACAUCAGAACACUUUGUAUUUCCGAUAAUUAAAUAAGUAAGUGGUAAUUUCUGAAUAAAUAUUAGUUUCUACUUUAAAAUACAUUGUUUUAUACAGAAAAAAUACCCACACAAAGCGUUGGAAUCUAAUAGAGGGACCAAAAACAUGCGACGAUUACGCGAGAGGUGUUUUUAUCCAAAUUUUGACGCCCUAAAAUAUAGGUGCGACGAUUAUGCGAUAAAAGAGGGUAUAUGUAAACAAACAGAAAAUUAGAUAAAAGAGGGUAUAUGUAAACAAACAGAAAAUUACAUAAAAGAGGGUAUAUGUAAACAAACAGAAAAUUAUCUCUGUAUUAGUUUUCUUUUCUUCUGCCAUACUUAGAUAUUUUCAAAUGUCACAUCAAUCAUUUCUUUCAAUAAAAAUAGGCAUCAAACUAUGUGUAAAAGAUGUAUUAACUUUUGUUGUGAACACAAAUAAAGCAGUCCACCAUUUUUACUAGAUAAUCAAAGAUUUGAAGAUACAUGGUGCAACACUUUUAUGUUCAUGCCAAAAUGUGAUACUAUCAAUUGCUGCUGUAGUAGGAAGAAAAGCUAUAAUUUCAAACAUUUUUUUCUUAUCGUAGUUUGUUUUCUGUGGUACAAAUCUAUGACAUGCAUCAGGCCAUUCCAAAAUGGCGUCUUUCACAGUGUUCUGAAACGUAAAUAAAGGAAUAAACAUUUUACGUUUUUUGGGCAGUGUAAUUAAGUAAAAUUAACUGUAAUUAAAGAAAACUGUGCUGAUGUAAACACACUGUGAAGUGUUUGCAAAAUAAUGGCACGUGAUUUUAUGCUCAUUGCACACAUCAAAUAUGUAUCAAGUUAUAAGAAAUAGAUUGUUGAUUCUCAUCCUUUCGAGUGCAAUGAACUCUACUUUUGAGUCAAGUCAAGCUUUAGCUAUUCGCUCAACUCUGCUCGGGUUUUUGAGUCUCAUCCUAUCUCUACUUACUUUAAAAAUAAAUGACUACACAGUUUUCUACUCAUGAACUGCAAAUAUUACUAUCAAUUUUGCAGUCAUAAUCACUUAAACUCAACCAACUUAUCUUUUAUGUAUAUUCUUCUUUUAACAGAUCUCCAACUGUCAACUAACUUAAGUGUUAUGUCACUAAGGUGCUUUUGUAUGUUCUUUCUUUGUAGAGUCAAUUUUCAGUGAGCACUUUUUAAGGUUUCUUUGACGUAACAAACCAAAUACAAAGGGAGCAGAUUGGAAUAAAUGAUGCUCAACAUCUGUUAUUCCCAGCACAAGGAGAGGGCAGGCAUGUGCUCAUAAGUGUUGCUGCAAAUACUAAAAACUUUACACUAUUCUUAUUUUGUCUGGCAGAGGACGUGAGUUACCCACGGUAAACCUGACUAUGAAUUACCCAACCACAUUAUAAUGGGUUCUAUUCUACUUUAAAAAUUACAAAUGUUUUAUCAGGUAAACUUCUGUACUCAUGUACUCGGAAAAUUGAAAAAUAAUUCAAUUUUAUCGUAAAUAUAUUCAUUACAUCACACUGCUCACACAGCAGCACUUAGUUGGAGAGUACAGUCAUGUUUGUAAUAGCUUGGUCGUGACUAUCCAAUGUUCUAUGUUAGACUAUCUAUUGCCGCACUUUAUUUUUUCAAUGAAUGAGUAGAAAACAAAAAUAAAACUCAAAAGUCCAACUGCUUGGUGGUUGUGAGUUAUGUUUCGUAGCUGGGGUAGCAUUAUCUUCACUGCUACUGUUCUUCCAUAUAACUGCACUACAGCUAUGUUUGAACUGCCUGUGAAACUGAGAGAUAGCUUCGUGUUUUUUGAUGGUUUUUGGCAUAGGGUAUUUGCGCGAGUUUGUGUAAGUGGUUCGGAAUUUGAAGCCAGUGCAAGAGGUAAACAGCAUGAUGCAACUAAAGAAAUUGCAGGAGGCAAGGAAUGACUUAAAUUAUCUUAAUUUUGUUUGUAUUGCACUUGUUAUGUGUUCACAUUACCUUCUGUUCUUCAAAGUAAGAAUUGUCUGGCUGUGUACAGGCUCCAGCUCAUGUAAUGGGACAGGGGUCAGUAAUUUGAUCCCUACCUGACAUCUCAUGGGAGCACCAAGUCAUUAACCAAAAUGUUUUGAGCUUCAUUAUAACCUUGUAGGCCUCAAUUAAAUCUUUAUGUGCAUUGUUGUGAUUUGUAAAACCAACUUUUACCUUACUUCAAAGAGCGGUGAUGUUGUCGAUCUUGAAAGAAAGGUUACAGGGUCAUAUAUUAUAGAUUUUAAUCUUUUGUAUAUAAUCUAAACAUUACUAGCCAUUUUGUAUGAAUUUUGAUUAUGUUAAGAAAAUUUUAGACUACUUUUAGGGACAUAUUUUUAUAUAUAUAUUUUUUUGGAAGAUCAGCCUUAAGAAGUUACUUGUGUAUGUGUGUGUUUAUUGUGCACUAACUAGUGUGUUCAAAUGUGAUACAGCUCAUUGGAGAGCCUAAAAGUGUUUUUGUAGCUUUUGUAAGGUAAAGUUUUACAGCAGUUUUAUCUAGAUUUUGUCUGUAAACAAUAAUCAAUUUCCUACAAAGUUAAAAACAAAUUAUUGGUUAUAUUUAUGUUUCAGUUGGAAUUUAGAAUUACUGCGAAAAAUGUGGUUUAGUUAAAGGAAGUCAGUGAGUGUUCUGCAGACCAUUCCUUAAAAACCAAUGUUAUGCAGUAGUUAGGACUAAGUUGUUGUUCAUUUAUCUGUAAAAUAUUGUCAGGAAAAGUUGCCACAGUUUUGAACUGUUUCAUUAGCUUGCAGAUCACAGUGUUAUUUUAAGGGAGCUAUCAAAAAGUUUCUAAAUUGGUUUUGCAAAUGUUUGUAUGAGUACUGUUGUGAAUAGUUUUGUUGCUGUGCUGCUGAAUUUUUGUGCAGUAUGCCAAAUUCUAAAAUAAGGUGUGAAUAGUUUACUUAAACCAGUGGCCAGAGUUUGUACGUUCAUAAAGUAAUUUGCCAAGUGAUAUAUAGUGUUGAAUAUGAUAUUCACCACUCAGCAGAUUAAACUGAGUCCAUUCACCAAGUUUAAUGCUAAGCCAAUGUUCGUGAUUUUGAAGCAAUGAUGAUUAAGUGUGUUGAGUUUCCACGCAUGUCUAGAGCAUUAGACAAUGGUUCUUCAUUUCAUUUGUUUCACAAGGAAAUGAUUAGGAUUUGCUUCAAACAAAACUGAAGUAUAAAACUAGAUAGAUCUGAUUACAAUUGAUUUCUUUACAUCUAGAAGCCAAAAUAACUACACAAAUUAUAACUGGAGCGAAAAUCUUGGCAGUGAAUUAUUCAUUCCGUUUAGGUUAUGUUUUUGAAGCAUUAUUCAGGGUGGCUAGCAACAGGGGGGGUUCAUGGAAUCUCCUAAAGUUAUAGCAGAGAUUUAUUUUGAUUUGAACCGGUUCCACGUAGACUUCUUUUCUUCCCCCAUUCCAACCCAUAUCGCAGAGUUAAGAUAAGUUUUCUCACUUUUCUCCCAUUUCUUUUUUGGUCAUAAGUAUAUCAGCACUUUACCAUACUUAUUGACUUCAGUGCUAUUGACUAUAGUGUGAAAAAAUAAUCGAUAGUGGCCUGUUGCAAUGUGGUUUGCCUAUCGAAUCUCUAUUUUGAAUUUGAAUGUCAAUGGUUGAGGAAAAAUAAUUUCCAAGCCUGUAAAAGUCAGGGAAUAUUUUAUCACAGGUUUGCUGACUACCCAGUUAUUGUCAAUGCUUGAACACUCAAUAUUUUGCACUAGUAAUCAGUAGUUGACAUUCUCAACAGAUAACAUGUGGCAUGUUUGAAUUCAACCAUUGCAGGAUCACACAAAUUAUAGCAGAAACAUUGUAAAUUAAGUAAAAGUAGUGGAAAUUACCAGCAUAGUUACAUUUUGAAAUUAUUAUUUUAUAUACCUAUAGUUUUAACUUUUUUUUUUUAAUAUUGUACGUUUAGCAGAAGUUAGUUUCUUUCUGGCAUCACUGAUCUUCGUAGAGAAAAACUGUGAGCGACUGCAGCUUUGCCGCAGAGUUGAAACACUGUGCAAAUGUGUAACAGAAGUGUGCACAGAAUAUCACAAAUUGCCAAAACAUCCAAACUCAGCCUGUGUGUGCUAUAUAAUGUAUGAUCUACUCUGAGUGACAUUAGGAUCUUAAAAUAUUCAUUCAGAAAAUCUCUUGAUCACAAUAUAUGAUUUGUAAGAUUUUCCUGAGAAAAUUUUCUUGCUGUUUUGGGUAGCAGGUAGUAAGUACCUUCCUUUGAUGUCAGUGAUGCAGCUUGCCUACACUAAGACAAUUUAAGAACUCUGUGUUUUAUUAUGCUCUCGAGUACUUAAAUUACUAGAAAGGUGCAUUUGCAAAUUUCAUUUUGUUUUGCACAAUGACAUUUUAAGUAAUAUUAAUCAUUUAAUUAAAUGUAAUUGUGGGCGUAAAAAAUUUUUUAGCAUUUGAUGUCAAUAAGUCGUGAUGCUCAUUGCUAAGCUGGGCGAUCCGGAUAACACCACAACGUACCUCAGGCCAUCAUGGAAGGGAGUUUCUGCGUUCAUCAGCACGGAGGUGGAGGAAUCUUUGGCUCAGCAGCCAGGAGCUUUAUUAUUUAUUAUAAACCUAAACAUGUGAUAUAAAGUACCAUUAAUACCAGUCAUUCAUUUGCCUCUCCAUAACCUUUAGUGUGGUUUUGUUCAGUCUGGUAGCUGCUUUGAAAUUAGAUUUAACAAGUGGAUUUCAAAAUUUUGUAGCUGUAUGUGAAAGCUGCUUCUGGUAUGAAUAAUUGGAGAGCAAAAGUUUUUUUUUUUUUUUUUUUUUAAGUUUAUUGCAUCCAUUGCAUUUUUUGUGCAAGUUUGCACACCCGUGUUUUUGUUGCAGCAACCAGGCUUGUAAUGCCCAUAAAAUCAGAGCAUCCUUACAUUUAUCAGGUUGUCCACAUUCUGGAAAAUCAGGGAGUUCUGGAGAAUUCAUAUAAAUUCCUUUGUGGUGGUAAUUUGAGGGGGAAAUUUCAUGUUCUAGUCUGACAUCACCCAGGCUGUGAAAUAUUUGGUUUUCAGAUGGUAUUUUCUGCAUAGUUGUAUACACUAUAGUGCAUAGUCGUUUACAAUAUAAAAUGGCGUAUGCAAGGUUCGGUUUGACUUUUUAUUUUUGUUAUAUAAUUUUAGGCCAUCUAUGGUAAUUGUGCAGGCUGUAUUUUUGUUUUUUCUUUCAGGAAAUCAUAAAAAAAAUAUAUAAUUUUUUUAAAAAGUCAGGGAAAUUUUACUGCAGAUUUGUAUAGACACCAUCUUUAUUAUAUGUCUCAGGGUUUAGUAUGUAUUAGAAAUUAUUUCGCUGCUUUUUUUCUCCUUUAGACUCAAAUUCAUGAGUGUUUAAAAGUAACUGUUUGCUUGUUGAUGUGAGACCCUAACACGGACUAAAUAAAAUUGUCUUGUAGUGGGUUUAUUUAGCAAGCUGUAAAAUUGUUUUUUAAAAAAUGGCUUAACUAUUCAGUGACAUGGUUGAUUUUAGUAAGCGUAUAAAUAUUUUAAAAAUAUUUUAUUAGAUUUACCCCUUUUUAAGUUCUAUGUCAAAAUACAGCAAAACCCCUUACUUGCACUUUUCAUGGGGACAAAGUAAAAAAGUGUAAAAAGCGGGAAAGUGUAAAUAAAGGGAAAAGUAAGAAAUACGUUAAAGUUAAUUAAAAUACAGUCACAUCAUGCAGCGUUCAUAACAAAUGCGGGCUACAUUACACAUACGCAUUGCACCACAGUAAAAAAAUUAAAAAAAAAGGGCCGCAAAUUGGAAAUUUACCGUCAAUAGCGCGCCAUGCGCGGAGAAAGGUCAUCGUACUCAAUCAGCUGUUAUGGCGCGGUGUAGCCGCCGGCUGGCUCUCUCUGUUGUCUGAGCUGCGCAUGCGCAGUAUAACUCACUCAACGCUCCGCCCAGACUCGUGACGUUCCAUCAGCAGCCAGCCAAUAGAUGCGAGCUUAGCGGAAAAAAAUAUAAGCUCCACCUCCCGUGUACCAGUUUUGUCCAGUUCUAAUACCAGUUUAUUGGUAUACGCACCAGUUUUCUCGCUGCCGUGACGUGUUCAAGUUUACGUUCAUCUUGAUGUCUUUAUACCAAUAAUUAAUUAUUUACGAUCCCCAGAUAUAAAUGGUUAGUUUAAAAAAUAUGCAUCAACUGUACAAUACUUCCAAAAUUAUAAAAUACGUUUAAAACAGUUACAAAGACUCCGCUCAUUUUAUCUAGUGAAGUUUAUGUCUCGUACCAGUAUUUCGGCUAAGUUGUGACAUAAAUAUAGUAACAACGUUUAUACAUUCGUGAGUUUACGUUUUUCCCGAGUACAUUUUAGAUUGUCUCCUGCUAUAAUUGCCUAGGCUUAAAUUAUUAUAUGUUUAGAAAUAAAAGCAACUUUUCAUGUUAUAAAAUAUGUUUAUUUUGCGAUUUAAAAUGUUCACUGCCGACUAUAAAGGCCCUGGCAGAAUGAAGAGUGCUGAUGGCAAUGCUGAUGGCUGCUAGCUGCUGAUUGGUGGCAGAAUCAGCCAAUGAAACGGGCAAAUGCGAUGCUGAUGGCAGAUCCCAAAUUCACUAGGCACAUCACGGCCAAUGGCUGAUGGACAGAUCGCCGCAUCAGCGGUAGAAUCGGCAGUCAUGUUGUAAUUUCGUCCUUCAGUUGUUUGUUUGCAAACUUUGACGCUCGUGUUAUCUGCUGUGAUGAAAAAAAUCACGUGGACCUUUGUCAACAAUUCGAAAUUUUUGUUGCUGUUUUAAUUCACUUUAAUAUAGAAUAAAAUAACUGUCUAAUUCCUUUUACUUACAAGUUUUUCUUAUAAUACUUUGUUUCAUGUCAGUUUUACAUGUGUACUUUAGUUUGAAUUAAUGUAACAGGAGGGAAUUCUCAUAAGAGUAGGUCUUUCAAAUUGAUAAUAAUAUUUGCGGAAUUAUAUUUAAUAAAAGGUUGCGCAAAAUAAAAUCAUUAUCGUAAAAAUAUUAAUAGCCUUUGUUUUUGCACAAUGGAUUUUAAAAAUAUUGAUGAUGAUGAGGAAUCAGAACCAAAACAUAAACACAGUUUACUGCGCAUGCGCGAACGCACAGUUUUCAAAAUACAUUACAAUUGGUUGCUGGUGGUUGUCACGUGAUGGCUGGUGUGCUGACCAGCCAUGAAAAGAUGAAGUUGGCCGAACUUGGCCAGCCAUUAGCCAUCAGCCACAUUCGAAUGCUGGUGGUGACGUAGUAGUGAAACAAAUGGCCAAUCAGAGUUCACCAGCCAUCAGCAUUGCCAUCAGCACUGUUCAUUCUGCCAGGGCCUUAAAAGUUACGUUUUUCACAAUGUUUUUAGGCCUACUAUCGUUGUUACGUGACGUAAAUAGUGGGAUGGAUUAGAUUUUUUAGACGUAAUUCGCGUGAAAGUAUUAUAUUGGAUUAAAUGGGAACCAAACGGGACCUGAAGAAUAUAGUGCAAAUAACGGGAAAACGUAAAUAACGGUAACGUAAAUAAGGGGUUUCACUGUAUCAAUAAAAAAACAAGGUGUCAUUACCAUUUAAGGAACUUUACUCUCUAGAAUAAUUAUCCAUGAUGAUGCAGUUAUGUAAUGUAGAAAACUUUACUAAUAUUUAACAACUCAUAAUUACAUUCUGUCCAUGCACGAGAAUUAAUUUUUAAAUCAAUUUAAAAAAUUGGCAUGAAUAUGAUUCACUAAUAAUAUAAUUCAUUUUUUUAGUAUGAAAAAACUGGAAUCAGUUUGUUCCUACAUUGUUUAUUUAACAUAAUCCUUUAAGAAAUAGAGUGGUACAAAUGCUAUGCUGUAUCUGUAUCAUCCCAUUUCUGCACCUCUCACCUUAACCAAAGUUAAACUUUUUCAAACUGUUAACAGCCGUUUAGGGUCUUGUUCAACAGAACAUUGGUUAUGGCAUGAGCAUGUAUGUCUUGAGUUGCGGUUAUGUUGGCAGAAGUGCGCUUAUAUUAGCUGCAAUGUAGAGUGGGAGAAGAAACAUUGGUUAGUUGGAGAGAUGGAAGUAAAGAGGGUGCUGAAGACAAGUCAACAGUCUAGACGAAAUUAUGUCAUUGUGUAAAGGCGCACAAUGAGCAAGGUAACGUAACGGUAAAAUGUCGAACUUGCAGUCGGGGCGACACAGGUUCGAAUUCCGCUCCAUCCACCGAGAUAUUGGUCAUCCGUGCUUCCUGACUUAAGGUCAUGGCUGAUUCCUGCCUCUGUUUCCCUGACUUGUGUGGCGGAUGCCAGUCUCGAAUGACUAUGCCGACGAGACUGGAAGCUUGUAAGUACAAACAUUUCGUCGUAACUUGCUUGGAGUGUAAGUCUUUACAAAAUUUUACUGCGAUUAUCAUCAAUCAGUGCCACAAACACCACCAUUUAAAAUGUUGUGUGCAUCCCUCAGAUAGUUUUUGUGGGCAUGAGUAAACAUUCAUUCGUUGAGAGAUACAAAAAUUAAUACACAAAGAAUCUAAGAACUGCACUUGUGAGUGCUUGAAUGUAACUAAGUAAUGUUACAUACUAUGUAACAUUCGUUUAAGAAAUAAUCAAAACUGUACAAUGUAGGAACUUUUUGAUAGCUCUGCAGGUUCAUGAGUGCAGUAUUACGAGCAUACUAAUGAAAUACAAUUUGCAGAUUUAAUCAUAAAUUUUUUAUUUUGAAGUCUUUUAUUUUUUGAUAGUGUAGAAAAAAAAGUACAAUGUUAAAUGUGUUGUAGAUUUAAUAGGAGAAAUGUGAAAUAUAGUAGUGUCGGUGUUUGUGCAGAAAAGCAUAAUGAUGUAAAAAUAUGUUUUAGUAAUACCAUUUUUUAUCGCAUAAUCGUUUCACAUUUUAUACUAAAAUCAAGUUUGAAAAGUAGGGGUGCAAUUUUUAUGCAAAAAAAGCAUUUUUGGAAGGUAAAGUUAGUCAUAAAAAACAAAACCGUUUCAUUUAUUUAAGAAGUAGAGUAUACAAAGCAUGCCAAACAAUUUAAAUUAAUAAGUCAGCAACAAAAACGUUUUGUUCAACUUAAAAAAGAAAAAUGAAAACAAUGACCCAAACAUGAGGCAGAACUAACACAAACUAUCGUCGUAGUACACACCACGAAAGAAUGUGGGCUAUCAAAUAUAGUUAACUCAGCAUUAGACAUAGCACAUGUGUUGCAUGCAAUUGGCGAGGUAUCAAUAUCGAUAUUCGACUACAUGUGCGCUCUUUAUACAGGAAUCAACAUAACCAAACAUGAAUGAUGCCAACAAGCUCUGGCUACAGUUAUAUAAGCAGUACACAGCUGCGACGAAGACAAACAGAUAAAGGUUAUAACGUUUGAAAACAUCUUUAAAAGAAAAUUUACACAUCAGACAACGUAAGCAGUAAUAUCCGAAUGAAUAUUAUUUCAAUUUGAAAAUACGUCAUUUUAUCCGGGAAAACUACCUACACAAAGUGCUCGGAAUCUAACAGCGGGACCAUAAACAUCAUGCGACGAUUAUGCGAGAAUUUUUUACUCCAAAUUUUGAUGCCCAAAAUAACACGAUUAUGCACGUGCGACAAUUAUGUGAUAAAACACGGUAUAUUGUAUUAGCUAAUAUGCUUUAGAAGCAGUAUCAGUUCUUUCCCAUAUUUUUUCUAAUUCUGUAACAUAAUUUUUAGAGAAACUUUUCUGUUUUGUUCUUUAUGAUUGUGAGAGAUUUCAGAUUAUUAAUAACAUGUUGUGGUUCUUUGUUGUAUAAUCCAUUAGCAUUUCAUGUAGUGGUUGUGUAGUAGGCCUAUCCCUCACAAGGCUUGUCUGUUUUCAGAGGCACAUUGUUUGUGCAUUUUUGUAGUAUGCCUAUUUUCAAGAAAAGUCAUGUUUAAAGACAUUGUAAAAAGUUUUUUUUAUAUAAAGGUAAAGGUAUUUAUUUUGAAAAGUUAUUUACGAGUUGAUUUCAGUUCAGUAAUUUACUAUAUUUUUUUGUAGAGCCAAACUCGCAGUGUACAUGAAUAAAUGAAGAGCUUAUGUUCGUAAAUUUUGAAGAUUGGAUUUUACUCUUGAUGUAUUUAAAAAAUAUAUAUAUUUUUUGUAUAGUAAACUGUGAAGGAAACAUCUUAUUUAAUAUGAUACAAAUAAAUUUGUUUGUUGAUUAACUAUAUCAUGUUACUUAAGUUGCAAAUAAUUUUUGGUUGUUCACUAAGAGUUUGGGAAUUUCUUAUCAUCCUUUCACAUAGUUAUAUUCAAACACAAAUCUGUGUGAAAUAUGUUAGUGGCCAGAUGCACCCAUGCAUUGAAUAAUGGAAGAAAAUGCUGGUUUUGUACAUACAAAGCUGAGAAAUAAACAUGCUAGCAUGGGAAAGACAGUUGGUAUGCUUAAACUGCGUGUAUAUGAUGCAUUUAGAUUUGUUAGGCAACUGUAGUCAUACAUUUGACAUCUCCAAGAGUACUAAACAUACCAUUCACAGGCAGAGAUACUGAUUAAGUGCAGCACCUAUACAAUGUUGGAAUAACCUUUUUCAUUCCUAAGAAAUCUCACCAAAAAUUGGAAGUAAUUGCAGCAGUGAUUAAAUGUAUGGGUUAUAUAGUUAUGACCAUGGAAACAGUACUUCCUUCACUGGCCUAGAAGACAGGUCUGUCGAUUCAGCAAACAUUUUCGUAAGACGUGACCAUCACUGCAAUUAUUCCAACAUUAAAUGCUUUAUUAAACCAAUUUGUAGCAGAUAAAUUAACUUACCUGAUUAUCAGCAAUUUGUUAUUAUUUUCGGUAUCGCUUUCUUUCAUUAGCAAUGAUAAUUGCAAGUCUAUUUUACUGGUUAAUACUCAUCAAGACUAAUAAUUUAUCAGGUGCAUUAUCCGAAAGCACUCUCCUUCAUAAAAUGUCUGUCAUUACUUUUUGCUUAGCUAUUUGAAAAAGUAUUCAUAUUGACUAAGUUGUAGGUAUUUAUUCAUAACUUUCUACAAAAUAUGCUUCAAUACAUUUGGUCUUGAAAUUUUUGUAUUGGCCCAUGUAGUUAAGCCUAGGGCUCAGAAAAGUUUUUACUUACGUUUUACUAAAAAGGAUUAAGACAAACAAUAUUUUUUGUUGCAUCCCUUUACAAAAAUUUCAGAUUGCUCGUGGUCAUACUGCGGUAUUAUGAUCCAAAAAAUAUAUUACACCUUCCUCUCAAAGUAUUGCUGUUCAAUUUGUGGAGUUUUGAAGUAAUGACGCCACUUAAUAACAGCAUGAUUUGAAGUAGCACAGUCAUAGAUUCAAACUAGCAGUAGCGAUUCACUUCCUUCACAGCAUAAUCUCUGAGGACUGCCGAGUGUUCAGCCAAUGUUUAUAUUACACCAUUUCGUAUAUCAGCAGAAGCUCUGGAGGAAAAAAGCCAGAAUCUUUGAGGGCUAUUUUAUCUUGUGCCUACUAGGAUGCACUAGUGAUAAAUCAUGGAAGACACACAUUAAGUAAACAACAGUGUCUGGAAUAACUUUAACAGGUUAAAUAGUUAUUUGACGUGACAACGUCUAAUAAAUCGAUGAACGCCGGCUGCACGCACGAAAAAGUGUCCCGUAACACACAUUGUCCCGUUACGCUCAUUGUGCGCCGCAUCUAUCUCUCUUCCGCUCGAUUGGAACAACCAUCGAUUUGACUUUUUUAAGUCACAUUAAACUUGAAACACUUCCAUUCGUUUCCUACUUUUCCUAUCAUCAUCCUAUCCUUAACAAAAUAACACAGAUUGGAAGACGUUAAAUAGCAAACACGUAUAAAAGUUAUAGUUAAAAUAAUCUCUUCGUUAAAGUAAUAAACAUAUUUGAAUUAAUGAGUGCAAAUAAAAGUAAAUUUAUCAAUUAAAUUGUAGAUUUAAUUUCACUCCUUCUUUGUAUCCAUACAAAAUAGUGAUAAUUCAAUAAAAAUGAUUCAAUUUAAUUCAUAAAAGUAUGCAAUCAAUUCAUGAAUGUUUUUUUUAUGACGUCACGUUAAACUAUCGUCCGUAAACCGACUUUACAGACAACCAAUUUUUUAGAAUUGUAAUAUAUCUCCUAUAUAAAUAACAUUAGUAUUUUGUAACUCAGAAAUGUUGUUAGAGCCUCUUAAUAAUGUUAUGCCCAAGCCCUAUUAUGUAAACAAUAUGGUCCAUGAACUUUUUAAAUUUAUUUUAGGUUUUUUAUCUCAAAAUAGUACUGAAUAUUUAUGUAAAUGUACUUCAAAUGUAUUUAGACAUAUAUUAGUACUGUAAAUUGAUUUUAAUGGGAGUAGUGUCUUUAUUAACAUACUUAUGAAAAAAAAAAGUAUUUUAUUUGUGCUGUUUUGAUCAGCUUUCUCUUUUCCUGGAACAAAUUAAGGUGUUACUUCGAAGGGCGGGUGUCCGUAAUUGACUUGUUCCAAUUAACAGUAAACUAAAUAAGCCUAUAAAAGGAUUUUACGUUUUAAUAAAGUUUUAUAAUGCUUCCAGUAUUACUCAAUAUUACUUUAAAAUACCUUAUUAUUUGUCAAGUGCAUGGCAAUAUACAACAAUAUUGAAUGGUCUGGACCCCUCACACGGCAUUCUCGUGCUACAAAAUAUUGACGGGUCCGCAAAACUUUUCUAAAAUUUCAGAAAACUUUUGAACACUUCACAAAAUAUUGAACACCCCUUUUUUUGCGCAAUAUAUUUCCUCACACACUCAAUAUUUUUGUACAAACACGACACCUUCAAAAUAUUGAGUAAAAUUUUUGCCAGUGUGAGGGCCCCUUUAGUCUUGGUUUAUUCUAUUCUUUUGUGCUAAAAUUUUACAGACUGCAAAAUUCAUUGUAGUACAAAAGUAAAAAAAUUCAUAUAGUUAGUUCUAUAUUGAUAUUAGUUUAAUAGUAAUUCUGGUUAUAACAUUUUUGCAAAAUAUAAUAGCAUAAUAAUUGCACUUCAAGUAAACUUAUGAAAGUGUGUUUCCAAUAAAAUUGGCAAAAUUGUGACAGUGAAGUGACAGAAUUUUUCAUUAUGUUACGUUACCAGAAAUUAAUGCAAAUGCAUAGUUGUUGGUCUUUUUGAUGUUUAUUUUAAGGCAAAAUGUAACAAUCAUGCUACCUUUAAUUAUAAAUGAUGUUCAAAGCAUGUUGAUACAUGUUAACUUAUGACAGAGUAACUACUGCUUGUACGUAAACAGCUUUUUCUUCCAGCAUGCAGUUUGUAAUGACAUGAUGGGUUAAGUCAUCCACUAGACAUAUAUACACUAUGUCGAACCUAGUGACACAACGAAUACAAAUUGAAGGUUGUAAAAGAACAAGUACAUAUGUACUUUGUUACUUUCAUUGUAUGUGAAAUUGCUUAAAAAUCUAUACAGUCCUUGGUGGUUGAAGAAAGGUGCUAUAGUUAUACAGGUUGUGUGUUCAUAUUUGUAAACAUUGUAUGUACAAUUUUAUGAGAUUAAAGUUUUGAUGAAUAAAGAAAGCCUAUGUAAACUGA